AUGGCGCGCAUGAGGGCCGCCGCCUCCGCUGCUGUCGAGGCCGCCACUGGGGGCGGCAUGGGCAGCAUGCGCGGGCGCUUGGCGGGCGACCGGUGGGGGGGGCGCGGGGAUGAGUGGGGCAGCGGGGGGGGCAGUGAGAAGGAGGCACGGCGGGGGGGACGAGGGGAGGAGGGGUAUGAGAGUCCACAGGAGAUGGUGGAGAGCAACGAGCAGAUCUUCCAGCAGGCGUGGGAGAACGACCGCCACGACGACUCGCCCGCUCUCCCCUGGCCCUCGCCCUCGCCCCCCGCCUCCUCGCCUGCCGCCCCCUCCGCCACCACCCCGCCCAGCAGUAGCAGCAGCACGGGUGGGAGGGGCGGAGGCGCGGAAGGGGAGGAAGCAGCGCCGACGGCAGCGGUGGCGCGGCGGCAGGUGCAGAUGCACGUGAGGGACGCGGCACGCACGCUGUCGGUGGAGUCGGGGGGCGCGCACUACCAGCGCCGCAUCGUGGCGGCAGCAGGGGACGCCAGCAGCAUGUCGGACGCCGAGGGUGGCUCUGGCCCCCGCACCCGCCACGCCCCCGCUGCCGCCUCCCUCAGCGCCGGCGCCCGCGGCGAGGUGUCCCGCCUCGCCCGCCCCCGCAACUUUGCAGACUUCCGCGCGGAGCGACUUGUGGGUGGCGGGGCAGGGGGCGCCGGGGGAGGGGGACCCAGCACCCCCAGGGGCGGGGCAGGGACGCCAAGAGGAGGGGAGGGGGGCGGGAGGGCAGGAGGGGGGGGAGGAGCCGGGGGGGCAUCCACGCCCAGGAGGGUGGGCGCUGAGCGAGUGGGGUCGGAUGAUGACGUGGAGGAGAGGGCGGCAGGGGGAGGGGGAGGGGGAGGGGGAGGGGGGGGGGGGAGGGCAGCGAGAGAAGGGGAUGGGAGGGCGCGUGGGGCCGGGGGGCAGUGGCGUGGAGAGGCGGGGGGCGUCCACCCCGCGGGCCGUGCGCGACAACCCCUAUGCCUCCUGGAACGGCGGCGCCCUGCCAGACAGAGGCUCCCUGGCGGACAGGAGCGGGGGGGGCGCGGGCAGUGGCGGGGACAGGCAGCCACACCGGUCAGUCAGCUCAGAAGAACGGCAGGGGGAGGGGAUGGGGAGCGGGGCGAGGUGGUGAGCCGGCGGUCGCGCGCCAUCAAGGCUGCAGCGGGGGGCGGCCCCUCCACGCCCUCGCGCUCCCCUCCCCCCUCCGACUUCUCCCGUCGCUUCUCCUCGCUGCGCGUGGCUGAUGGCGCCGGGCAGCGCGCCGGCAGCCCCGGCAGCAGUGCGGGCGGCGAGGAGGAUUCGGGCAGGCGCGGGGGCGCAGGCAGUGCAGGCAGUGCGAGGCCGAGGAGUCCGCUGAGGGGCGCACAGGCAGCGCCAUGUGACGACGACAGCAGCCCGCGCACCCCCACCGGUGGGCCGGCUCCCCCAUCGGGUGCAACGGCUGGGGGAGGAGGCGGCAGCAUCAGUGGCGGCGGCGUUGGCGGGGGGCGCAUGACUCCGCGGGGGGGCCGCGAGCGCAGGUCCGUGAAGUUCGCCGUGCCCGAGGGGGGCGACCGCGACCGCGACCGGGGCAGACCCGGGAGCAGUGGCUUGGACGAGGGAGGUGCGAGCGAGGGCAGGGGGAAAGGCAAGGACGCAAGCGAGAGGGCUGAGAGAAAGGAGCGCAGCGAUCGCAAGUGCCAGUCGUUUGUGCCGCCGUCGUCAGCUGGUGCUGGCAGGAAGAUGGGUGCGGCAUCGGUGUCCGAGGAGGACCUGAAGCUCAUCCGCGCCGACUGGCGGGAUGACGCUGCCAGGAACGGGUGUGUGGCGUGCGGGCAGGUGCAGUGCGAGUGCAAGACCCGGCCCGAGAACAGAGGUGCUGCGCCGAAGUCAGGCAUGGGGGAUGAUGUAAAGGCGGGAGGGAGCAAGGAGGGCAAGGAGAAAGGCGGGGGGAAGGAGCAGGAGAAGCAGGAUAAGGCGGGGCAGAAAGAGGCAGGGGGGCAGGGUGGGGAGGAGGAGGAGGACGAGGCGUUGCCGGAGGAGCUGCUGCAGGACGACCCCGAGGUGUCCCCGCUGGGCACCAUGAAGUGGAAGCGCGGCGAACUGCUGGGUGAAGGCGCGUACGGCAAGGUGAGCUGCUGGGUGAAGGCGCGUACGGCAAGGUGA